UACCUUCAUUUUUCCCACUCACCCAAAAAUCCCAAAAAAAAAACACUGUCUCUCUCUCCUGGCUCUGUUUGUAAAUUUCCUCCCUAUUCAGAAAACCCUGUUUUCCGCAACGACCCUCUUCGUGUUCGCAGCCUCUACCCGAAACGUGGAUCACCAGAGAGCUCUGGUCUUCCAAUCUCUGAAAAAAUAAAUCACCGUAAAAAAAUAUUUAAUUGAAAAAAAGGGGAGAAGUCGCUUCUGUGUAUUUUGAUUUUUCGAAAACCCUAGUUUUCCGCUUCCAGUUCUUCAAUUUCGAUUGUGAAUUUGGGUUUUAUGGGGCAGCAUGACAAAAAUUCGAUCCAAAUUCUAAACGGGCCGUCGUUGGCCCACUCCGCCUGGUUCGAAAUCCGGUUGUUUUACGUCCGGGUUGCGCCCUGCGUGAUUGGGAGCGUUCCCGACCACCUCACGCUCCGCCACCUCCGACGCGAGAUUGGGGUAUCGCUUGAAAUCAACGGGACCCGGGUUCCCGCGUCGGACUCGGCCUCGCUCACGCUCCGCCGAGAUCGGGUCGAUAAGGAGUCGUCGGAGGUGACGUACGUCAGCACCGAUAGCGUGAGGGUCACCGGUGGGGUUGAAUUUGAGGUGUACGAGAACAAUGACAUGGUUCUGUGUGGGUCGCUGGAGCGGAUGGAGGGUGUUUGGCUCAAUGGAAAUGCGGGGGGAUUGGAGAACGAUUCGAGAACCGGGUGGAGUGUGGAUUGCUACAUGGCCGCCUCGAUCAAUUCGGGUUCUUCCGCCUUUUUCCGGCCAAAACUCGGCGUCUCUGCACCGUCAAUAGAGGUAUAUAUCGCCGGGUGUUGCUCCGGGGUGCCCGUGAUAUUGACGAAAACCAUACAGGUUAGUCCGAGGCGGAAGGGCCCGAGGCAUGCAACGCUCGAUGCCAUUCCGGAGGAUGAGGAGGUUGGGAAGGAGCACACCAAGGGCUGUAAUGGGACGAUUCGCCGGAAAGUUCAGAUCACAGACUCUGAAAUUGAUGAGUAUGAGGCAGAAGGGAAAAUCGGACAUCAUUUCUACUCUGAUGAAAUGUACACCGGUGAAGACGGCCAACUUACAUGGUUUAAUGCUGGUGUUAGAGUUGGUGUUGGAAUUGGCCUUGGGAUGUGCCUUGGGAUAGGGAUUGGUGUUGGAUUGCUCAUGCGUUCGUAUCAAGCGACUACCAGUAAUUUCAGGAGGAGCACCGGUCACAGAUCCCCUGCAACAAUGCCCCGCCGUAACAGCCCUGCGGCUUCACCCUCAUCGCUCCCCUUGGUCGUCACUCUCAAUUGCAUCGAUGACUUCGGCAUGGAGCAGGACUCCUUGUCCGGCGUCGCCGCUGUCGAGCACGUGCCGCUUAGUCGCCUCGCCGAAGGCAAGAUCGAGUCGGCCUCCGCCGUGCUCCUCCAGUCCCUCGCGUACCUCCCACGGGCCGCCCAGCGCCGCCUCCGCCCCUACCAGCUCAUCCUCUGCCUGGGCUCCUCCGACCGCGCAGUCGAUUCGGCCUUGGCCGCCGACCUCGGGAUCCGGCUUGUCCACGUGGACGUAUCCCGUGCCGAGGAAAUUGCCGAUACGGUUAUGGCGCUCUUCCUCGGGUUGCUCCGCCGGACGCAUAUGCUCUCCCGCCACACGCUCUCCGCUUCGGGAUGGCUCGGCUCGAUCCAGCCGCUGUGCCGUGGGAUGAGACGGUGUCGAGGCUUGGUUUUGGGGAUUAUCGGCAGAUCUGCGUCGGCUAGGUCUCUGGCUACAAGGAGCUUGGCCUUCAAAAUGAACGUUCUCUAUUUCGAUGUUCAAGACGUAGAGGUGAACGGAAAAGUGAGCAUUUCUCCUGUAAGCUUUCCUUCUGCUGCGAGAAGAAUGGAUACACUUAAUGAUUUACUGGCUGCAAGUGACCUCAUUUCAUUGCACUGUGCUCUGACAAAUGAAACAGUUCAGAUUCUAAAUGCUGAAUGCUUACAGCAUGUAAAGCCUGGAGCAUUUCUGGUCAACACAGGGAGCUGUCAACUAUUGGACGAUUGUUCUGUGAAACAGCUUUUGAUUGACGGAACCUUAGCUGGGUGUGCUUUAGAUGGCGCUGAAGGGCCACAAUGGAUGGAAGCAUGGGUGAAGGAGAUGCCCAACGUGUUGAUACUUCCACACAGUGCAGAUUAUAGUGAAGAAGUAUGGUUGGAGAUAAGGGAGAAAGCUAUCUCCAUAUUGCAGACAUUCUUUUUUGACGGGAUUGUUCCAAAAGAUUCUGUCUCUGAAGAGGAGAAUGAAAGUGAGUUAGGUGAUGAAAAUGAAGAGUCGGAUAAGCUGGACAGAGAAAAUAACUUGCAGCUAUCCGUUAUUGAGCAACCAACUGAAGUCAUUCAUGCAAGCCCGGAACGCUCUCAGAAUAAAGAAGCUAUUCAAUCCAAGGAGUCUCCUAGCCAGCACCAAAGUUCAGGUUUAUCUCAAAGUGCCACUCGACCUGAUGGAAGACGAGUCAGAUCAGGUAAGAAAGCCAAAAAGAGGCACGCACACCAAAAAUCCCGGCAAAAGUCAGAUGAUCCUUCACGAGAAAAAGAAAGUACCUCGCAGCGGGAAGAAGAUACAGCUAUGAGUGGAACUGAUCAAGCGUUAAGUUCCAGUUCUCGGUUUGCCUCCCCAGAGGACUCAAGAAGUAGGAAAACUCAAAUAGAAUCAAUGCAAGAAUUGCCUUCCCACCAUCUUCAAAAAUCUAUUAAGAGGCUCAGUGGAAAGCCUGGUGAGCUGUUGAAGGAUGGGUAUGUUGUCGCUUUGUAUGCAAGAGAUCGUCCCGCCCUCCAUGUCUCAAGGCAAAGAGUUAAAGGUGGCGGUUGGCUCCUAGAUACCAUGUCAAAUGUAACAAAAAGAGAUCCUGCAGCUCAGUUUCUCAUUGUUAUCAGAAGCAAGGACACAAUUGGUUUGCGAUCCUUUGCUGCUGGUGGAAAGUUAUUGCAGAUAAAUAGAAAAAUGGAAUUUGUAUUUGCCAGUCACAGUUUCGAUGUCUGGGAGAGUUGGAUGUUGGAAGGUACUCUGGAGGAAUGUAGGCUGGUUAACUGUAGAAAUCCUUUGGCUGUUUUGGAUGUAAGCAUCGAGAUUCUGGCCACCAUAGGGGAAGACGGGGUUACACGUUGGCUUGAUUAGACUGCGACGAGAAAGAAUACUAAGAAUCCUAACAUUUUUAUUCUUAUUUUUUCCUCUUUCUGAGGUUUGUAUCAUUUUAAAACAGCUUGAGAGUUGUAAAGCGUUCUUUUUGUUAUUAUUUUUUGUUCUUCUACACUUCUCUUUUUCGGGUUUUCCGUCGCAUAAUGUUAUCAUCUGGUAGAGGAUUUGUGUUGUGGGUUAUUCAGCCUCCAGAUAUUAGGUGCGUGUAUUGUGUAAUGUACAAGUGAUAUCCUUUGGUUUGUUCCAAUGGAUGGCGGUUGUAUAACUCAUCCAUCGAGGAAGUUUCAUUCGGAGUGUUAUUUUACGAGUGAUGAAGCUUAUUGUUUCUCUAUCA